AUGGCCGACAGGGUAUACGCUGAUCAGCUGUCGGUCCAAUCCGACACACAACCAGCCCCACCACUGCACUCCACUGACAACGCCGAGCUAGUUGUCUGCGUUAAGGCGUUAGUUGCACAGGUGCAGCCGUUGACUUCGUCUCGCAACCGCCCACGACAACGCCGUCGCAUGCGCUCUAACCAUAGGAGUCGCAGCCCCCGGCGCCCACGAUCUCGAUCACCGUCGAACGGGAUUUGCUGGUAUCACCACCGCUACGGUGAUGCCGCGAAGAGGUGUCUCACCGUGCACCUACACCCCCAGGUCGGGAAACUAGUUAGCCGACCGGCCCAGGCGACGGCCGUGUCCGGCUCGUCACAACCAAGUCGCCGACCGACUCACCGGGAUACGUUUCCCGGUUGA